AUGGCUCACCGCACAACCGCCCCCUAUAGGCCCCAGGACCCCCAGGAGACCCUGGAGCUCGUGCUGAGCUUGGAGGCGCACACCACCAAGGGCAAGUCCAAGGGUGGCUUCUCCGUCCGCAAGCACACCUUCGACCUGCCUAACGGCCGCACCAUCGACUCGUGGCGCCUGCAGGACUGGGACUACAAGAAGCCGAACCUUCCCACCUAUGCUCGCGGCCUCUUCACCUACAAGAACCUUGCCGGAAUCCACGAGAUCGCCGUCCGCGGCUACGACAAAUUCUUCAACCACGGCGAAGUCAACAAGACACAGUGGCGGAAUGUGGAGAAGAACACCAGGGGUCCCUACGAGCUGAGCGUGAAGGAGAACGGUUGCAUCAUAUUCAUUGCAGGCUUGGAAGACGGCACGCUGCUUGUUUGCAGCAAGCACUCGACCGGUGCGCGCCAGGACACGCCGCUCAGCCAUGCUCAGGCUGGUGAGAAAUGGGUCGAGAGGCACCUGGCGACGGUGGGGAAGACCAAGGAGGAGCUGGCAUAUGCCCUGAGGCGUAUGAACGCAACUGCCGUGGCUGAGCUUUGCGACGACGAGUUCGAGGAGCACGUUCUGGCCUAUACCCCCGAGCAGUCCGGACUCUACCUUCAUGGAAUCAACAUUAACGUACCCGAGUUCAUGACAUACCCUGGACACCUGGUCGACAAAUUUGCCGAGGAGUGGGGUUUCAAGAAGACCAUGUACGUCAUGGAGGAGGAUAUUGUGAAGGUUAAGGGAUUCCUGGAUGGCGUUGCCGAGACUGGCGCCUACGCUGGCCGUGACACCGAGGGCUUCGUUAUCCGCUGCCAGGCAAGGGAUAGUGAGAAUGCCCCGUGGGAGGAUUGGUUCUUCAAGUACAAGUUCGAGGAGCCUUACCUCAUGUACCGCCAGUGGCGUGAGUGCACCAAGGCAAUCAUCGCAGGAAAGGAGCCGAGGUACAAGAAACACAAGAAGAUCACCGAGGAGUACAUCGAAUUCGCGAGGCGCCAGCUCAUUUCAAACCCUGGACUCAGGAAAGCGUACAACGAAAAUCACGGUAUCAUCAAGAUGCGCGAUGAUUUUUUGAUGGAGAGAGGCGUCAGUGGCGCCGAUGUCAUCAGGCAGGAGAUUGAGGCUGGUGAAGGUACCACUGUCUCGACUGAAGUCACGAAGAACGUAGUCCUUGUCCCGGUCGCUACCAUCGGCUGCGGCAAGACCACAGUAGCUGUUGCGCUUGCAAAGCUGUUCGGUUGGGGACACGUCCAGAAUGACAACAUCGAGGGAAAGAAGAACCGUCCGCAGAGGUUUGCGGAUGCCUGCACUGAUGCACUAAGAACCAGGCCGGUCGUCAUCUCGGACAGGAAUAACCAUCAGAAGAGAGAGCGAGAGCAGAUCAUGAGGGAUAUGCAGCAGAACCUCCGUGGUAACGACGUUCGCUUCGUCGCGUUGCAUUGGGUUCACGACCGCCAGAACUACGACCAGAUUCGCCAGGCCAUGCAGGAUCGUGUUUUGAGCCGUGGCGACAACCACCAGACCAUUCAGGCAAACAAGAAGGGCUCUGCAGAGGUCAUAGGCAUCAUGGAGGGAUUCCUGCAGAGGUUCCAGCCUGUCAACGCUGAUGAGGCGCCGGACGACCUUUUCGACCUGGUCAUCAAUCUCGAUGUCACGCGUUCUUCGCGAGAGAAUCUUGAGACGAUCGUCUCGCAGCUUAAUUCGGAAUAUCCUAGGCUGUUCGGCAACAUGCCCACCGCUGAAGACCUCGACAUCGCUAUUGAGGCCGCUCUCAAUGACUACAAGCCUGACAUCAAGCACGAGCUCAGCUUCGGCGGCAAAUCCAAGCAGCCCCAGCAGCAGAAUGGAAACACCGCUAAGCCCAAGGCCCCGAAGCUUGAUUACUUCUGCGUCAAGCUUCCUUCGAACCGCAUCAACGGUAUCCUCGACGGACUAUUCAAGGACCAGGACAUCACGACCCAGCAGUUCUACCGCCAGCUUCAGGGCUUGCGUCGCGUGCAGCCGGAAUUCCACGUCACCCUUAUCCAUCGCGCGUCGGCCAAAGAGCGCCCGGAACACUGGCAGAAGAUGCUCGACCUGCACUCCGCGCGCGCCUCCGCUACUGCUAAUACGACGGACCCGGAUCUCGGUACCGCAAAGGUGCAGUUGGAGCGGCUGGUUUGGGACAACCGCGUCAUGUGCUUCGUCGUCAGGUUGCUACCGCCGGCAGGCGCAGGCGACGAGGCGAAGGAGUGGGAGACGGCGAAUAACAUCGCACACGUGACGGUCGGCACGGCGAGCAAAGACAUCAAGCCGAAGGAGAGCAACGAUCUACUGAAGAGGUGGUUGCAGGAGGGUAGUGGAGAGGGCAGCGGGAUCAAGGAGAUUAUGAUACAUGGCCAGGUGGUGCUGGAUGGUGUCGUCAAGGGUGUUCCGCAGAGGUUCUGA